GCUUCUGCUUCAGUUUCACGUACGUAGUAAGAGGAGUUUAAUGGACAAACUAGCACAAUACGAGCGUGUUUUCAAUCAAUUCGAUGGCAAUGGAGACGGGAAGAUAUCACCUUUGGAGCUCCAACAAUGUGUCGAGGCAAUAGGAGGUGAGCUUUCGUCGUCGGAGGCUGAGGCGGCGGUGGAGUACUUGGACUCCGACAGAGACGGGCUGCUGGGUUUCGACGACUUCGUUAAGUUCGUUGAAGGAGGAGAUGAGGAAGAGAAGGUGAAUGAUUUGAGGGAGGCGUUUAAGAUGUACGACAUGGAUGGAUGUGGGUGCAUUACGCCCAAAAGUUUGAAGAGGAUGCUGAGUAGACUUGGUGAAUCCAGGAGUGUUGAUGAGUGCAAGGUCAUGAUUGCUAGGUUUGAUCUCAAUGGAGAUGGUGUCCUCAAUUUUGAUGAGUUUAAGGUCAUGAUGUUUUGAUUUGUUUGUUCAUAUAUUACAGCUAGCUGGUAUACUCAUUUAUUUAUUGAUUUAUGAUGCCUUCUUCUCAUUUGGAUUCUAUGUAUAUUUGUCUAUCAUCCUCAAAAUUUACUUGUAUAUUGGGUAUACAAAUUUUGUUAUGCUGAACUAUGCAAUAUAGACUGCAGUCUGGUG